AUGCCUCUGCCGCCAGAGCCUCUACCACCUGGGCCUCUGCCUCUGCCGCUGGUGCCUCCACUGCCAUUGCCUCUACAGCCUGGGCCCGGGCCUGGGCCUGGGCCUCUGCUGCUGGGGCCUCUGCCGCCAGAGCCUCUACCGCCUGGGGUCUGCCGCUGGUGCCUCCGUCGCCUGAAUCUCUACCACCUGUGUUUCUGCCGCUGGUUCCUACCGCUACCGCUGGCUUCUCCGCUGCCUGAGCCUCUACCGCCUGGGCCUAUGCCACUACUGUUGGUGCCUCCUCCGCCUCUACCAUCUGGGCCUCUGCCGCUCCUGCUGGUGACUCCGCCGCUUCAGCCUCUACAACUUGGGCCUCUGCCCCUGCUGCUGGGGCCUCUGCCGCCAGAGCCUCUACCGCCUGGGGUCUGCCGCUGCCGCUGGUGCCUCCGUCGCCUGAAUCUCUAACACCUGCGCUUCUGCCGCUGGUUCCUGCUGCUGCCGCUUCCGCUUGUGCCUCCAACGCCUGAGCCUCUACCGUCUGGGCCUCUGUCACUGCCGCUGGUCCCUCCUCCGCCAGAUCCUUUACUGUCUGGGCCGCUGCCGCUGGUGCCUCCGCCACCAGAGCCUUUACUGCCUGGGCUCUGCCACUGGUGCCUUGGCCGCCUGAGCCUCUUCCGCCUGGGCCCCUGCCGCUGCUGCCACCGUCACCAGAGCCUCUACCGUCUGGGCUCUGCCGCUGGUGCCUCAGUCGCCUGAAUCUCUACCACCUGCGUUUCUGCCGCUGGUUCCUGCUGCUGGUGCCUGGGCCGCCUGAGCCUCUUCCGCCUGUGCCGCUACCGCUGGUGCCUCCACUGCCAGUGCCUCUACCGCCUGGGCCGCUGCCGCUGGUGCCUCUACCGCCGGGGCCUCUACUGCUGCCGCUGGUGCCUCCGCCGCCUGAGCCUCUACCGCCUGGGCCUCUGCUGCUGCCGAUGUUCCCUCCUGCUCCAGAGCCUUUGGCGCCUGGGUCUCUGCCGCUGCCGCUGGUGCCGCCACCGCCUCAGCCUCUACCGCCUGGGCCUCUGCCCCUGCCGCUGGUGCCUCCGCCACCAGAGCCUCUACUGCCUGGGCUCUGCCACUGGUGCCUUGGCCGCCUGAGCCUCUUCCACCUGGGCCUCUGCCGCUGCUUCUGGUACCUCCACUGCUUGAGCCUCUUCCGCCUGGGCCCCUGCCGCUGCUGCCACCGUCACCAGAGCCUCUACCGUCUGGGCUCUGCCGCUGGUGCCUCAGUCGCCUGAAUCUCUACCACCUGCGUUUCUGCCGCUGGUUCCUGCUGCUGCCGCUGGUGCCUGGGCCGCCUGAGCCUCUUCCGCCUGUGCCGCUACCGCUGGUGCCUCCACUGCCAGUGCCUCUACCGCCUGGGCCGCUGCCGCUGGUGCCUCUACCGCCGGGGCCUCUACUGCUGCCGCUGGUGCCUCCGCCGCCUGAGCCUCUACCGCCUGGGCCUCUGCCGCUGCCGAUGUUCCCUCCUGCUCCAGAGCCUUUGGCGCCUGGGUCUCUGCCUCUGCCGUUGGUGUCUCCACCGCCAGAGCCUCUACCGCCUGGGCCUCUGCCGCUGGUGCCUCCGUCGCCUGAAUCUUUACCACCUGUGCUUCUGCCGCUAGUGGCUCCGACACCUGAGCCUCUACCGCCUGGGCUUCUGCGGCUGCCCCUGGUGCCUUCGCAGCCUGUGCCUCUACCGCCCGGGCUUCUGUGCUGCCGCUGGUGCCUCUGAUGCCAGAGCCUCUACCGCCUGCGCUUCUGCCGCUGGUGCCUCCUCCACCUUAGCCUCCACUGCCUGGGCCCCUGCCGCUGCCGCUCGUGCCUCUGCCGCCAGAUCCUCUAGCGCCGGGUCCUCUGCCGCUGCCACUUGUGCCUCCGCUGCAAGAGCCUCUACCACGUCAGCCUCUGCCGCUGGUGCCUCUGCCGCCACAGCCUUCACCGCCUGGUCCACUGCUGCUGGUGCCUCCACCGCGAGAGCCUCUAUUGCCUUGCUGCUGCUGCUGCCGAUGGUGCCUCUAACGCCAAGGCCUCUGCCGCUGCCACUGGUUGCUCCGCCACCUGGGCCUCGGACGCAGCAGCUGGUGCCUCCAUCGCCUCAGCCUCUGUCGCCUGGGUCUCUGCCGCUGCCGUUGGUGCCUCCGCCGCCAGAUUCUCUACCGCCUGGGCCUCUGCCACUGGUGCCUCCGCCGCCUCCGCUGCCACACCUCUUUCGCCAGAGUCUCUGCCGCUGCCGUUUGUGCCUCCGCAGCCAGAUCCUCUAG